AUGGCUCCAAAGCGCACCACCGUGGAAGCCGUCGAUGGCGCAGUCGAAUUCCACCUCCGCGAUCGCUUCGUCAAGACUGGCGUGUCACAGAACAAGAUCCAUGCCUAUAAGGGGUCCGCCGAAAGUGGAGACUUCAAAGUGCGCAUUGCGCGCUGGAACGACGGUGGAAGCAUCUGGGCUUCCAUGCUGGGCUCGAACCACAAGCUCGUCUAUAUCGCCGACCAGCGGCUGAGGGUCGGUCUGCCACCGGUCGUCGAGGACCCUAAGAACCUCUUCGAUGCCGCCCUCGUUGUGCCAGAGUACGACCAGCCGAGACUCUUUGGCACUGGUAGCGUUGAGACCUUCACCAAGAACGUCGAGGUUGCGAUUGCUGAGAUCUUUGGCGCCACGCAAGACAAACUCUUCCCGAGCUACCACGGACUGCGCUUUUCGACAGUUCGGCCUAUAGUAGCUUGA